UUUUGGUGAAGGAAUGCUUGUCACCUACUCCUUUUAAGUUCCCAAUCUCUCUCCAAUACUAGUAGCAUUCUCCAAAGGCCAUAGCUUUAGAGAGAGAAAGAGAGAGAGGAGGGCCUUAAAGCUCUGAUCUUUGCUCUGCUCUGCUGUGUACUGUGACAAUGGAGAGGCACAGAUGCAAGCUUUGCUCCAGGGCUUUUGCUAAUGGCAGAGCAUUGGGUGGUCACAUGAAGGCUCACCUCGCAACUUUUCCUCUUCCACCCAAAACCCACCAACUCACUGAGUCCGACUCGUCUUCGUCUUCCUCCUCCGGCGAAGAACCAGAAGAAGAAGAGCAGCAUUUACAAGAAGAAGAAGGAGAGGAAAAGGGUUUGAUUUAUGGGCUGAGAGAGAACCCAAAGAGGAGUUUCCGGCUUGCAGAUCCUGAGUUUUCUUUUGUUAAUGCUGGGUCGGUGAUUCAAGACAGGGAGAGUGAGACCGAGUCAAAAAACCCAACUCGAAGACGAUCUAAGCGGAACCGGAGAUCAUUCGUUGUUGUUACAGAGAAUCUGCAGAGCCCGAAUUUGGAGUUGAAGAAAAAAACCACGUUGACAAUCUCAACACCGCCGCGUUUGGCCGAGUCUCCUCCUCCGGCUGCUGAGCCAGAACCGGUGAGCUCGGUCUCCGAUACUUCUCCGGAAGAAGAUGUUGCUAUGUGCCUUAUGAUGCUGUCAAGAGAUGUGCGGAUGGUAAGAUCAAAUGAUCAUCAGCACGCAGAUCAAUUGGUUCAAGCUCAAGAACAACAGGGUAAACAAGUAGUAGCUGAGAAGUUGGACGGGAUCAAAUUGAAGAAACUUCGAGGGAAGAACCGGUGUGAGAAAUGCAACAAACUGUUUCGAUCUUUUCAAGCAAUGUGCGGGCACAAAAAGAUUUGUUUUCGCAACGAGGAGGAAGCAAUCAACAAUGCAGGUGGUGAGAAGCUGUUUGAGUGCCCGUUUUGUUACAAGAUAUUUGGUUCCGGUCAAGCUCUUGGCGGUCACAAAAGAUCUCACCUUUCGGGUUCUUCAAGAUCAAUGGUUGUAUCAGUGGCUGCAAAAACUGAAGUUAGAGAGGGUUUCAUAGAUCUCAACCUGCCUGCUCCGGAAGACGAUGAUGAUUUCAGCGUGCUAUCGGAUGCCUAA